AUGCUUGAGCCUCAAAGAUGGGCCUUGUAUAUAGAUGGUUCUUCUAACAGUGAGGGUAGCGGAGCCGGACUGCUCCUCGAAGACCCUCACGGAGAUGCGUACUUAUAUGCUCUCCGUUUUGAUUUCCCCGCCUCCAAUAACGAAACUGAAUACGAGGCUGUCAUCGUACUAGGGGAAUAUGAAGCCAGGGAGGAAUCCAUGCAACGGUACCUCUCUAAACUCCACCAAUUGGCAGCUUAUUUCGAGUCCUUUGAAAUUCAAGGGAUACCCCGGUCUCAGAACCGGCGAGCUGAUGCUCUGUCCAGACUUGCCUCUACUUCAUUUUCUACCCUCAACAAGACAGUUCUCGUGGAGGUUCUGGCCGAACCCGGUUACGUGGAGGACAAAGUCUAUCCGGUGGCAUCGGGGGACACUUGGAUGACCCCGUUAGUCAAGUUUUUGGGUCAAGACAUUCUUCCAGAUGACAAGACCGAGGCAAGAGGAGUGCAGCGCAAGGCGGCCCGAUAUGCACUCCACAACGGCUGCCUCUAUAAGCGAUCUUAUCUCGGCCUAUGGUUGCGAUGCGUCACCCCGAAAGAGGGAGAGCGCAUCCUUCAAGAGAUACACGAGGGACUCUGUGGAGCUCACGUUGGUUAUCGGAUGCUGGUCAAAAAGACCUUGCUUCUCGGCUAUUUUUGGCCAACUCUUAGACAAGAUGCCCAACUUUUGCUACUCUGUUGCCUUUCUUAUCAGCACCAUGCUCCGGAGCACCACCAAUCGACCAAUCUCAUGGUCCCUAUCACUUUGCCCAGAGUCAUCAUCUCAGAUAAUGGGAAGCAAUUUGCGGAUAAUCCCUUAAAAGCAUGGUGUGAGAACCUGGGAAUCAAACAACACUUCACCUCGGUGGGACACCCCCAAUCUAAUGGACAAGUUAAAAACUCCAACCGAACGCUCCUCCAUGGGUUCAAGACUAGGUUACAUCAGCUCGAAUCCUCUUGGGUAGACGAACUCCCUAGUGUGCUGUGGUCCUAUCGAACCACGUCGAGAUCUGCCACUCAAGAAACACCAUUCGCCUUAACCUAUGGAUCUAAGGCCGUAGUCCCUGCUGAGUUUAUUACUCCAAGUUCUCGCAUGGCAACCUUCACUGCUGAGGUGAAUGAUGAAAAACGAAAAAUUGACCUCGAUCUAACUGAGGAAAAAAAGGAUGCCUCAGCAGCCCGAAUAGCCUUGUACAAGAACAUCCUAGCCAAUUACUACAACGUCCGAGUCAGACACCUUUAG